GAAAAGGCAAUCCACGAAGGAAAAAAUAAAAAAGGCAAGCGAGGAUGUCUCGUAUCCCGUAAACCAGCUCAAGUGAAGCUGCGGUCUAAUUGAUCACAGCUGCGAGGGAGAUGAGCCAUUCCGCUGGCUUAGUCACGUGCCCUCAGGGGGCGUGUCGUGCUCUGGGAGUCAGGUCACCGUGGGAUCCCGGGAGCGCUGUUUGCGAGCUAGGGUACGGACAGUUCACCAGUCCAAGUACUGCAAAUUGCAACAAAAAACAAAGAGCGGGAUCAAUAUAGUUUGUUUAGAGAAUCUACAUGUUUGUGACAGAGGAGGUAUAUGGUUCUGGGUGGGAUUCUGACUCAUCUUGUUGAGAACAGCGUUCGGGAAGGUGUUUCAGCAAACUUGGACUAAUAAUUAGGCUACCGGUGCAUGCUUCGUGAUACUGGGACGAGUUUGGAGGAAUACUACCGAGACAAAGAAGUGACUGACCAGCUUCUGUGGGAUUUGAUGCCGGCUCUAGGUUGUUUCAACUGAAAAUGGAAACACUGGAGUCGGAGCUGACCUGCCCAAUCUGCCUGGAGUUGUUUGAAGACCCGCUACUUCUACCCUGCGCCCACAGCCUGUGCUUUAACUGUGCCCACCGCAUCCUUGUCUCCCACUGCUCCACCAACAAGCCCAUCGAGUCUAUCUCUGCCUUCCAGUGCCCCACUUGCCGCUACGUCAUCUCCCUCAAUCACCGCGGCCUGGAGGGGCUGAAGCGCAAUGUGACUUUGCAGAACAUUAUCGACCGCUUCCAGAAAGCUUCUCUGAGUGGACCGAACUCCCCAAGCGAGAGCCGGCGCGAACGCCCCUUCAACAGCCGAGGCUCCCCAGCCACCGCCAUGUCGCUCGAACGCGUCCGCUGCCAGUUCUGCGAGCAGGACCCGCCACGAGAGGCGGUCAAGACUUGUGUCACCUGCGAGGUGUCCUACUGUGACCGUUGCCUGCGAACCACCCACCCUAAUAAGAAACCCUUCACCAGCCACCGGCUGGUCGAGCCCGUACCGGAUGCCCACUUCCGGGGCCUCGCAUGCAUGGAGCAUGAGAACGAGAAAGUGAACAUGUACUGCAUCGUUGACGAUCAGCUGAUCUGUGCCUUGUGCAAGUUAGUGGGCCGCCACCGGGAGCACCAGGUCUCCUCGCUGAGUGAACGGUUCGAUAAACUGAAGCAAGCUCUGGACAGCAACCUGACAAACCUGGUUAAGAGGAACAGUGAAUUAGAAAACCAGAUGGGGAAGCUGAUUCAGAUCUGCCAGCAGGUGGAGGUGAACACAGCCAUGCAUGAAACCAAGCUGAUGGAAGAAUGUGACGAACUAGUGGAAAUCAUCCAGCAAAGGAAGCAGGUCAUCGCAGUCAAAAUCAAGGAGUCAAAGGUAAUGAAGCUUCGUAAGCUGGCCCAACAGAUCGCCAACUGCCGGCAGUGUCUGGAGCGCUCAAGUGCACUCAUCACCCAGGCUGAACACAGCCUGAAGGAGAGCGAUCAUGCACGUUUCCUACAGACUGCCAAGAACGUUGCCGAGAGGGUUGCCAUGGCAACAGCAUCUUCACAGGUUUUGAUUCCGGAUAUCAAUCUAAAUGGGGCCUUUGACAACUUUGCUCUAGACUUUUCCAGAGAGAAGAAACUUCUAGAAGGGCUGGAUUAUUUAACAGCACCCAACCCUCCAGCCAUUCGGGAUGAGCUGUGUACUGCUUCUCACGACACUGUCACUGUCCACUGGGCCUCAGAAGACGAGUUCAGCGUUGGCUCCUACGAGCUGCAAUACACCAUAUACACCGGCCAGGCCAACUUUGUCAGUUUGUACAACUCUGUGGACAGCUGGAUGAUCGUCCCCAACAUCAAACAGAACCACUACACAGUGCACGGGCUCCAGAGCGGCACUCGCUAUGUCUUCUUUGUCAAGGCUAUAAACCAGGCUGGCAGCCGGAACAGCGAUCCAGCCAAGCUCAAGACGAACAGCCAGCCAUUUAAACUGGACCCCAAAACAGCCCAUAAGAAGCUGCGCCUGUCUAAUGACUGCCUGACGAUGGAGAAGGAUGAGAGCUCACUGAAGAAGAGCCACACUCCUGAAAGGUUCAGCAGUGCAGGGGCCUAUGGAGCAGCUGGCAAUGUCUUUAUUGACAGCGGCUGUCAUUACUGGGAAGUCCUUUUGGGUGCCUGCACCUGGUAUGCGAUAGGUGUUGCUUAUAAAUCAGCACCAAAGAACGAGUGGAGCGGAAAAAACUCAUCGUCGUGGGUGUUCUCGCGCUGCAGCAACAACUUUAUCGUUAGACACAACAGCAAGGAGAUGCUGGUAGAUGCCAGCCUGCAGCUGAGAAGACUGGGUGUCCUCCUGGACUAUGACAACAACGCCCUCUCCUUCUACGAUGCCAUGAACUCGCAACACCUUCACACCUUUGACAUCUCCUUCAUCCUCCCUGUGGUUCCCACCUUCAUGAUCUGGAACAAAUCCAUGAUGAUACUGGCAGGACUGCCUGUCCCUGACUUUGUAGACUGCACAGAGCAGCAGGAAUGCAUUUGCAGGCCUCAGGAAUCGCCUUACCUAUCAAAGAUGAAAUCAUGUCAAUAGGCUGGAGAAAGUACAGCAGACAGUUGUUGUUUUUUUGUUGUUUCUUGUUUUUGUUAAAAUAUUAUUAUGAGAACAAUAUGCUGUAUACAGUUAAAUGUCGCAGCGGUUGACUUUAGUGUGACUACUACUCUUGUAUAAAAAAAAAAAAAAAAUGUUAAAUAUUAUUUAUGAAUAAUAAGUUGGAUUGCUUCGUCAAGUUUAUUGUAUCCAUAUUGCACUUUAGAGAGUUAUUUUAUUUUCUGUGUAAACAUAAAUGGGGGAGUGUUUCUUUUUAAAUUAUAUUUUGGUAGAAUGUAGACGCUUUGCCGCUUUCAGAAAGGGUCUGUAGCUUGGGAAAGUGUGGCUGCAUUUUUAGAAAAGUGGGAUAAUCAUCUUUCAAGAGAAAACCGAGAACACGCACAACUUUACACUCUGAUGUAGAGGGAGUUGGAGAACUCCAAAAUAGUUUUUUUGUGUUGUGUUAAUUUUUUUUAUGUUUUUUAAUGACACAUGCUUCUGUCCAUAUUAAUAUGUAAAUGAAAUGGAAACAACAAUAACACUAUGUAACACAAUUUUUGUUCCUGGGUAGUAAGUGUUAUUUCCUAAUUGCUUAU